GCCACCGCCCACGGCCCGCUGCUGCGGCAGGGACCUCCCCUUUAACGGCGGCAACUCCGCGUUCCGCUGACCCCACGGCGGCUGCCGCUGCUAACUGCAGCUCCUGCUGCCUCCACCGCCGGCCUCGGGCAGCAGCAUCCUCGCCCAGGCUGGGUCCCCGCCCCACCAUGGUGUCCUGGAUCAUCUCUCGCCUGGUGGUGCUCAUCUUCGGCACCCUGUACCCAGCCUAUUCUUCCUACAAGGCGGUGAAGACCAAAAACGUAAAGGAAUAUGUAAAAUGGAUGAUGUACUGGAUCGUCUUUGCCUUCUUUACCACAGCUGAGACACUUACGGAUAUAAUACUGUCCUGGUUCCCCUUCUACUUCGAGCUCAAGAUUGCUUUUGUGAUAUGGCUGCUGUCCCCUUACACCAAAGGCUCCAGCGUUCUCUACCGCAAGUUCGUGCACCCUACGCUGUCCAACAAGGAAAAGGAGAUCGACGAAUAUAUCACACAAGCCCGAGACAAGAGCUAUGAGACCAUGAUGAGGGUGGGCAAGAGGGGCCUGAACCUGGCCGCCAAUGCCGCAGUCACAGCUGCCGCCAAGGGCCAGGGGGUGCUGUCCGAAAAGCUCCGGAGCUUCAGCAUGCAGGACCUGACUCUCAUUCGAGAUGAGGAUGCACUGUCACUGCAGGGACCCGAUGGCCGCCUCCGACCUGGCCCUGGGGGUCUCCUGGACACCAUUGAAGACCUAGGAGAUGACCCUGCCCUGAGUGUAAGGUCUAGCACAAGCCAGGCAGAACUCCGGACUGAGACCUCAGAAGAUGACCUGGGAGAUAAGGCAACCAAGAGGACCAAAUCUAUCAAAAAAGUGCCCAAAGCUGAGCCAGUGGCUUCCAAGACGCUGAAGACCCGACCUAAGAAGAAGAGUUCUGGAGGGGGCGACUCAGCCUGAGGUCCUCCCCUCCCCCCACCCCUCCAGUGUAAGACAAUAGCGAGCACUGGGAAGAGCUGCAGCCCCAGCCCCCGCUCCACAGUGGGCCACCAGCCCAAGUGUUUCAGACCCGAGAACCCCCUAGAUGGCUGUUUCCCGCGCCCCCUCCCCAUGGACACUCCUCCAGAGGGGGCUUGGCAAAGAGGAGGGAGGCGCAGCUGUAGGGUCGAGGACAGAAGCCGAUGACUGAGCCCUGGAGGAGGUGGGGGCUCCCUGGCCAGCCCUGCUCUUCUCGCUGCUCCAGCCCCGCCCCGCCCAUCCAGUGCCUUGCUGAAGACCAUGGCCAGCCCCUUCUCUGAGGCCCGACGUGCCUCCACCGCUCUUCCUUGAAUAGGGGUAGUGGCCACAGUCCAGACAGACCAAGGAGGGGGCCUUAAGGCACCUCGAGAAGGGGAAGAAAUGGGGGCAGAUCCGAGGGGGGAGGGUGUCACUCGGGCACAACUGUGAGUGGCAGACACGGGCUGAAAAUGAGCAACAUGGCCUUGCGGGAACUGCAGCUGAUAGGGCUGUACGCUCUACAUCACCGUGGCCAGAAAGAGGAGGGAUUCCAAGGGUAUGCAUGCUGGGGAGGUUGGGAAAAGUGGUCGCUUCCUCCCUACUUCAGCCCUGGUCUGUCUUCCUCUUUACCCUCCCCUGCUGGUCUCUCAGAGGACCCGAGCCCUUGACAGAAGGAGGCUCCAAGGGGUCUCUCCCCCAUCCUUCCAUCCUGGAUCUUUUACCCAUUCACGCCCCUAGGCUGGACUCCUCCUCUCCUAGGGCCCACUGUAGAGGUCCUGCCGAGCUGGCUCCUUUCCUCUCCUGUCAAGGGGACCCGUCCUACCUUGCCAUGGGGUCCCCUUCCUGUGCCAAGCAAACCCCUGUCAGAACCAGCCUGGACCGCUCCCCCUGGUCCUGGUUCUACCAGCUUUUGAGGGCCAAGUGGAAUCCGGGAAGAAGGAAGAGAAACGAGCCAAGAGGCUCCUAAUUCGGUAGUGCCCACUGGAUGAGCCAAUAAAUGAAACUCUGCCACCUCCUCCA